AUGUCAAGUCAUUGCUCAAUGUGUCAACAUGAAACAACUCAAACUGUGAGCGUCGCGAAGGCCGAAGCUGAGAAGAUUCGACUGAUCGGAGAGGCCGAGGCCCAUGCUCUAGAGGCUGUCGGUGUGUCGGAGGCCGAACGUAUGCGGAUGAAAGCUGUGAUUUACAAAAAAUACGGCGACGCAGCGAUACUCAACAUCACUCUGAACGCCUUGCCGAAGAUCGCAGCCGAGGUCGCGGCACCGUUAGCGAGAACGGAGGAAAUUGUGCUUCUCGGCGGAAACGACGCAACCAGUGGAGAACUUACGCGUCUCGUUGGGCAAGUUCCACCAGCUGUACAAGCGCUGACUGGUGUAGAUCUUUCCAAGGUAUUGGGAAAAAUACCAGGAGCAAAAUAAUGCCGAGCCUUUCAAGUGAAUUUAAGGACCAGACAGCGAGCAGACGAAUAAACUUGGAACAGAUUUAAGGAAUUUAAAGGAGAAGGGCAAAACGUAUAUUGCCAAAGGUUUCUCUGCUACCCCACCCUCUGUCAUCUCUACCGACCACCAUCGACGACCACCGACUCUCCGCUUUUUUCUCUUUCCCGUGUUUUGCUCUACCUCAAGUCCGUGCCAGCGGGCACGCGUUUUUACCCCUCGUCGCGCAAAUAAAUCCACUCGAGUUGCUCACGUCAUGCUCGCACGUUCCCUUACCUUGACACACGUGUACAUCGAUAUUGUUGCAUUUCGUGUGCAUUUGGUGUGAUGUAUCGAUGUAAUCGUGACUUGGGGGACGGGCGAUAACCGCAAUCUCUUGAAUUAACGAAUCAACAAGUUGGUUAUACGAAAAAAAAGUAUACAUUCACAUACAAAAAAUGCGACAAUCCGUCAAAGGUGUCGAUAUACUUUCUUGUUCCAAUUAUAAGUAUUGGUCACUUUCUAAAUUUGUGAAAAGAAGCACUGCCCAUGGCCGUGCCUAAGAUAGAGAUUAUUAAGAACGUAAUGCAAAUACGAUCGCUUGCCACUGGAAUGCAUAAAGUGACACGACAUUUACACGAUUUCAAAGAUAGUAUAGUGUCUUUUAUUUACCAAUAGGUUUAUAUUUACCAAAAGGCUUUCGAUGAGCAAUGUUUGCUCGGUCCCACAGAUAAGUAAAUCUUUACUGCGUAACCUAUUCGCUUUCGCACCGAGCAAAUUGUAUAGAAGAACGAUCAGACAAGAAGGGAAAUUUAAGUAAGGAAAUUACUGUCGUCGAAGGAAUUCUAAUCCUAAUUAGGGUAAACUUGAUGACGAAUACAUCAAAUGAGAAAGAAGCCUAAUAGAAUCACUGCCGAAAAAAGAAAUCCAUUCUGCUUCUUCCAUAACCGGGAAAUAUUUUGUAAAAUAUUUUUCGACAAAUUAUAAGAAAUCUCUUGUUUUGAUACCUUUUAGGACAAGAUAUAUUGUAUAUACACGCACAUACACACGGAAUGUUGUCUCUCUUGUAAUUCGUAGUACAAUCGAGAAGGGAACGAUUUGGGAAGAGAAAUGCAAAAGACAUUAAUUCUCGUGUUUAACGUGUUUUCAAUUCUUGACGAAAAAUGAAUGUCCUAUAUUCCAUUCCUUUUAUUUCUUUUUAUUUCUUUAGCUAAUAAAUACACCUUGACCAAUAUAUACAUAUGGUAUUGUACUGUCCCUUUUUUGAGUUGUACAACGAUUGUGAUACGUGGAUUCGUUUUACUGUAGAGGGAGAGAGACAGAGAGAGAAAACAAAUUAAACUACUCGGAAUAAGUUUCGUAAGAGCAUUUACAUUUAUGCUAUCUCAACAAUCAAUUUAUGCAUUCCAUUUAACUCGCUAGGACGCGAUCCACAACCGAACAGCCACCAAUUAAUAGACAGUACCGAAAUUCAAAGUCUAAAUAUAAUCGAUAUGAUUAAGAGCGUUUCGAUAUCAUUGUGUUCAACGUAAUUAAGUGAUUUAACAAAAGGAAAGAUGAAGGAGUAGAUGUUUAACGCGCGAUUCAGGACGAGCAGUUUGCCGCCACCUGUAGUCGCUGUACAUAUUUAGAGUCACGUAUGUGAAUAAUACUCGUGAAAAGUUUCGAUCCAUCGUGGUGAAACAAAGAGAAGAGAAAAGCGAGCGCAAUUUUAAGAGAACGCUCGACUGUAUUGCAUCGACGCGCGACACGUAUUGACCACGCAUCGGAAUCCACAGCAUUAAAGCAGUAAAAUGAAGAAAAAAAAGGACGGUAUUCCGAUAAACUCAAGUGCCAAUUUAUACGGUAUCGACUUACUGGCAAAGAAAACUGGAUGAUCUGACUAAAAUUAUUUUUUACAGUAACUUGUUUAUUACUAUGUGUAUGCGCGAAUUGGGUAUCUAAUAUUAUACACGUAUUGCCUCGUUCAUUUAUAUUUUAUAUGUUUUCGGAGAAGUGUUUAAGAAAGUUUUAAUUUAAUUGUGUUAAAUAUGCCAUUUGUAGAUUUUAGUUAAUCAUUUAAUCAUGUUUUUCAGUUUGUGACUACUAGAACGAGAUAGAGAUAAAAAGUAUUAACAUGUAUAGAGUGUACGCUAGUGUAGAUUGCUUUUUCGAUUCGUCGCUCAUCAAGUUAAGUGAAUAUUUACACGCAGCUGUUAUGACAUUGUUUGAUUUAAGGAAUUCCUAGCAUUUCACAAUUAACUAACGACACAUGUACUUGUAACAUUUCUCCAUCAAAUAUCUGCCGUUGUUGAAAAGGGAAAUGAUUGAAAAAGAGAGUCUUCCCAAAAUACUUAAUGCAGUAGAUGACAAAA